AUGGUUAUGAGCGUCGUUAUAUUGCCUGUUGGCUACCGUCUUCCUUACCUGAUUGAGGGAUGGGAUGGAGUGCAAGGGGGUGUGGGAAAGGAAGAACUGCAAGUUUCUUUGGACGUCAUCAUAUUGACGUUGGAAGUUGCUAUACCAUGGAGCGUCAUAGCUUGUCAUGGGAUGGUCAUGCAAAAGCGCAUGCGAAGAGCAAGGAUUGAUGCAAAGAGCGGUGGUAAAAUGAGCGGUAGCAGGGAACAGGCAAGAGCGACCGAGUGGCCCCGUGACUGCGCGCAGUUCUACGCCGACUCGACGACUUCCUCUGCUUUCGUCUUCGCUUUCCUCCUUCCUCGACGCUUCAACUGCCGCUGGGUCACCAGCUACCACAUUGCCAGAGUCAAUAGUAUCAGUGGCACUCCCAGCACAACGACUAUCCAGGACUGGCGUGAAAUCGAAAACUUCCCUCCGUUUCCCGAGUCGAAUUACAAGAGAUUCACACCAAGCACUGUCUUUUAG